AUGGAUUCAAACUUUAAUAGUCUUUGCCGGUUGUGUUUAAAACCUAACUCAACUGCAAAUAUGAUAUGUUUGUUUGAUAACAACAAAGUUAAUUAUUAUGGGCAAGCGGUAUUGCACUUUGCUUCAAUAAAACUAAACAAACCAGACGAUCCUUUACCCAGCUCGAUGUGUAAAAUGUGCCUCAUAUUGUUAAAACAGUGUAUUUACUUCAAGUUUAUGUGUGAAGCUAGUGGUAAGAAGCUUGACGAGGUCAAGAAUAAAUUGGCUCAAGUAAAAUUCAAGUAUGACUUAAAACUAGCAAAUGAUGGUAAAGAAAAAUUAUUAAAACCUAAAAUGAAUGAAAGUACAUAUAAUAUGUCCGACCAGGACGUGAAUGAAAAUAGCCAUGAUGGUGAUAUAAAUGACCUAAACUUUACCUUGUGUAAAACUAAAAAACCCCAGUCAAAAAAUGUAGAUGCAAUAUUAGAUAUUUUAGAAAAUUCUAUUCCCUUAGAAUCAGAUGAUAGGUUUGAUUUAAGUAAUUAUGAGGAACCAGCAAAACUGCUAAAUGAAUAUCCCCAAUCUACACAUAAAAGGAUGAACAUAAGUAAUAUAGAUAAACAGAGAACAUGUCCCAUUUGUCUUAAAAGAUUAGCAAAUCCAUCAAGUUUUUGGAAACAUAUGCGCACACAUAAUAAAAAGCACAGGUUGAUCUGUGAACAUUGUGGAAUGAGUUUUGCAUCAUUUGCUGGUUUAAAUGGUCACAUGGUAGUAAUUCAUGGCACUGGAAAGUACAUACAAUGUCAACAAUGUCCUUUUAAAGCCUCAAGGCGGUUUGAAAUGAAAGAACAUGAACGGAUUCACACAGGAGAACGGCCAUUUGCCUGUGAAAAAUGUGGCUUAACUUUUCGGCGUAAGGAGAUAUAUAGAAAACAUUUAUUUAUACAUUCAGAAAAAACAGUUCAAUGCAAAGAGUGUCCAAAAAUGUUUUUUACCCCAGAUCAUAUGGUGGGACAUUACAACACUGUUCACAAAAGAUACAUGUAUAUGUGUUAUGAGUGUGGUGUCUUAUAUGCUAAAAAUGGUACAGUAAGGCGGCAUUUGCUGGAAAAACAUGGUAUACCCCGAAAAGACCAGAAGAAACUUACAAGAGUAAAGGCAGGAGAUGCAAUUUAG